CAGGAUGGCUGCCUGGGCGCCUUCUGAUGCGCUGGGUCGGAGACUCUUGUGUGGCAUGGAGCGCGCGACCGUGCGCUACGUUGGCAGCGUUCCUCCUACGGCAGGAAUUUGGCUUGGCGUAGAAUGGGAUGAUCCUCGGAGAGGAAAGCAUGAUGGUACCUAUGAAGGAACACAGUAUUUUAAGUGCCGGCAUCCUAGAGGAGGAUCGUUUAUCCGGCCAAACAAGGCAAAUUUUGGAGUAGAUUUUCUUACCGCAGUAAAGGAUCGGUACGGAUUGAAUGUUGAGCAAGACGUUCAACAUGGGACAGAGGAUACAUUAGUGUUUGGGAAGACGACUGUGGAAUUCGUUGGCAUGGAUUCUAUUGCAGAACAACAAAGCCAACUGAACCAACUGGUAGAUAUCUCAGUGCGUGAGUGUGCAGUGAGCCAUGCUGGUCAGAAAGAGGAAAUCAGCAGAACAUGUGCUAAUAUCAGGCAUAUAAAUCUAUCAAAAAAUCUGAUAUCAUCUUGGGAGACAGUAACAGCUAUUGCUUCUCAAGUUCAAAAUCUGGAAACACUUAAUAUCAGUGAAAACAAAAUGAAAUUUCCAUCUACAUCAACUUCUGUAUCCAGUGUAUUUUCAAAAAUGAGGAUUCUGGCACUAACUGAGAUAACAUGGACGGAGGUUCUUCUUUGUGCUCCGGGAUGGCCAGCACUCGAAGAAUUGUACCUUACCUCUAAUAAUAUUACAGUUUUGGAAAGGCCCGAUAACGUCCUGCAGACCCUGAGGUUGUUAGACCUUUCAGACAACCAGCUGCUGGAUGGCAAUCAGCUGCAUCUAAUAGCACACCUUCCCAGAUUAGAACAGCUAAUACUUAGGAACACUGGUAUAUCUUCUAUACACUUUCCUGAUGCUGGAUUUGGAUGCAAGACUAAAAUGUUUCCUUCACUAAAAGGCCUUGCAAUAAAUGACAAUAAAAUAGCACAGUGGUCAUCUAUCAAUGAGCUUGAUAAGCUGCCAAGUUUGCGGUCACUGCAGUGUCACAAUAACCCUCUCAUGGACACAGAGAAGAACCCAGAGACCCUGAGACAGCUAAUUAUUGCCAAGAUAAGUCAAUUGGAGAUUUUGAACAAGUCUGAGAUCCUUCCUGCUGAAAGAAGAGGAGCAGAGCUUGAUUAUCGCAAAAUAUUCGGAAAUGACUGGUUAGCAGCUGGUGGGAAUUGGAACCCAGAGAAAAACAAACCAAGUGAAGAAUUUCUUGCUGCCCAUCCCAGAUACCCAUCGCUUUGUCUUAAAUAUGGUGCACCUGAAGAAGGAGAACUGAAGGGACGACAGCCUUUGACUCUGAAAAAUCAGCUUCUGACUUUGACAAUUAAAUGUCCUGAGAAACCUGAACAGAAGCCAGUAGAGAAAAAGCUACCAGAGUCUAUGACUAUUCAGAGGGUCAAAGGAUUGCUGUAUCGCCUACUUAAAAUUCCUGGUUCAGAACUGAAACUGUCCUACGAAAGUUCUAAACUGGAAGGAAAAGAAGUUGAACUAGACAAUGACUUAAAGCCUUUGCAGUUUUACUCAAUAGAAAAUGGAGACUGUGUGUUAGUACGGUGGUGAGAAGGGACUCUCUGGAUAGACUGAAGGGGAAGCCAACACUGGAACUGCAGAAGAGUUACGGACUGCCCACAGACAGUAUGGACAGCCUGUGCCUGAACACAAACAUCGGAGAACGUGAAUUUCAUACGUGGCACCAGAGGGCUACACAAUACUACUUUCAGCUCCUAAACUUAAUCGUCAGUCUCCAUGAAAGCAUUUGCUUUUGGCUGAGUUGUCUUACUUGAGAGAUACCAAAUAGUGCUUGAAUGCUUCAAUUAAAUAAAACUCAAGGUAACUUUUGCCAAGAUUUUAUACUACCUUCCCAUUGCAACAGUGAGAAUUUGUUUUACUGUUUUACAUGAUUUAGUUGUAAUCUCUUUGCUUAUAAUAGGACAAAAUUAGUGCUGCACUGAAAGAGGCUACUUGCUCUUUUGUUUUCACCUACUUCCAAAGACCUUAAAGCAAACCAAAGUAAAACAGCAGUAAUUGUAGAAGUAUCUACGCAGCCUUAGACUAUUUAAGGUCAAAAUCUGACAGACCUUUAUUCUACCCUACAGUGUUAACAUACCACAGUAUAAAUAAGUUCUCAGCAUACUGCAAGGCAUUGCUAUUUAUUUUACAUUCUUUAGUGCGCUGUUCCUCAAUCUUACUUUACUUUUCACUUGUGUACCCUCAGAUUCAUAUCUUAAUAACACAUUGAGCUAUCAGAAAUCCCUCCUAAUCAGGCCAAGUUUGCAGUACUUCAAGAUUUGGUAUAAGCAAACUUUGAUAUUGUUUUUGUCUAAAAUGACAAUAGUAUAAACAAACUAAACAUAAAUCCUAACCCCUAGCUGUCCCAGCCCCUGCACAGAUGAGAGCAACCCCUCGGACAGCACAGAACCUGCUGCAGCAAGACUUACCGCAUGCCCUGGUGCUGAGCACAGCUCUCUACUGGAUCCUG